AUGGCUAACGUGAAACAAGACAACAGUGCCUCCAACGGCCAGCAUGACGUGCUGUCCGCGAAGGACAAAGCCGCCUUUAAGAAUAUGAUGGAUCUGUACAACCAGAAGUUGUAUAAGAAGGGGCUCAAAAUCGCAGAAGAACUCGUCAACAAGUACCCCAAACACGGAGAGGCGAAAUCCUUCAAGGCCCUGUUCAUGUCGCAAAUCGAUCCUUCGAAGCACGAAGAGAUCCUAGCGAUCGCCAGGGAGGCAAUCAAAAACGACCUUAACAGUUGCCACUGCUGGUACGUACUGGGAAGGAUAUACAAGAACAAGAAGCAGUACAAAGACACGCUGAAGUGCUUCACAAUGGCGAGCAAAAUAGACCCACAGAACGAACGGUUGUUGAGGGACCUGUACGCGCUCGCCAUCGAAAUAAAUGAUUAUGAGGCGUUCAAAAAAUUCGCAAGUAGCGGGCUGCAGUUAAGAAUGAAGCACUACAAGGAGUGGAUGACAUUCGCCUUCGCACAGCACCUCUGCGGGAAUGUGGAAGGGGCCUUAAAAGUCCUCACCGAGGCCGAUAGGGUAUUCAGCGGAUGUUACGAUGCGGCCCCAUUUGAGCUCAGUUCCGCAAUACUAUACUGGGCCAUGUUGCUCGAGGAUACCGCCAAGUACAACGAGUGCAUCAAGCUUCUCACUGACAAGGAAGGUUUAGUGCUGGACAAAAUCACAAGGUUGGAAUAUGUCGGACGAUCCGCUCUGCUUGGUGGGCUCUGGGAUAUGGCGCACAAUACAUACAAGCAGUUGGUGCAGCUGAACCCGGAUAACGCCAGAUACACCCUCCUCUUCAUCAUCACGCACCGAGCUGUCAGAGAGGCGGGGAUUUUUCAGAUGCCCCUCCCACGCCACAAGUCGAAUGUGAUGGAUAUGCUCAAACCGGUGCAAAAUGAGUUAAAGAGCGAUUCGGCUGACGUGUGCAAUAAGGCGUUUGUAGACAAGGUGAAAAGUGGAGAACUGCCACCCAUCUUGCUGAGCGAGGAAAUCAUGGAUAUCGACGGGGAGUACUCCACAAGCAACUGGUGCGGCGAAAACACGGUUAACAGGACUUUCGACCAUUGGGUGAGUGCAAUGAGGCAAAAAACUGAGAGCAGCGCAAGCCCCACCAAGGAUGAACAGCUGUUUCUCGGUUGCUACAGUUAUGUAGAUUACACCGUGAAGGUGGCCAAAGCGUUGGACAUGAAAGCAUUGCCCAAACCCAAAUCCGUGUCAAUAGACGAGGCUGAAUCCAUACUAGAGGAAUACCUGAAAGAAUAUCCUAUCGCAAGGUGUUGCAUAUACAGCACGCGCCCGAAGAUGAACAGCUGGUCUAGACAUCCGCUGUUCAUUUUUAGCAGGGCAAUAACACAGAGUGAGAGCCGGAUACUGCUUGAUGCUCUAAAUGAAGUCAAAAUCAACAACUAUUUGGGCAAGGCGCUGACGGCCUCAUUUAUCACCAACGACCAUAUACGACAGUUCCACGACAUGCUGAAGCCGCUCGUUGAGGUGGGUUGUUUAAGCAUAUUCAAGUUCUUUGUGCAUGGAUGCACCUUUGAGAUUGUAUACCACCUGCUAGUACUAUUAGAAAAGUACCGUAAAAAUCUCGAAGACGGGCUCAUGUUGAUGGACGGGAUUGAUAAAGCGCAAGGAGAGACAAAAGGCGCGAUAACCAACAACGCGCAACACAACGUGGCAUCACAAAAUUAUCUGGCGGUUGUGCUGUUGGUGGCGGCGAAGAUAUACGAUUAUGCAGGCUUCUAUGAUGAGGCGUUGGAGCUCUUGGAGCAAACGUUGAAGACGACGCCUACGGCAAUCGACGCCCACAUGUUGAUGGGGAAAGUCUAUCGUCACAUGGGGGCGUUGGAAAAAAGCAAGAAGGCAUUCUGUAUGGCGUCGGACAUAGACAGGAGCGAUCGUCAAACGAGCUCAAAAACCGCUAAGGCGAUGCUUAGAACGUACGAUUUCGUAGCCAGCCGUGCAAAAUGGAGAAAUUUCCUGGUGGAAGACAUGACGAAAGAAGAAAGGGACGCCCAAGCAAAAACCAACAAAUAUACGCCUCCAGAAGUCAAACACAUGAAAUACGAGUUGAUGGCCGCGAAUUACCAUAGGAUGCUCUACAUCCAGGAGACUACAAGUGGAACAACGAAUGAAAAAAAUGCUAAUAGCCCAGAGGAGUUGUUGAAAAACGCGCAUGAUAUAUACGCUAUGGUGCUGGAAAAACAACACGAGAUUUACCUGCACCAGUUGGACUUCCACAGCUUCUGCCUAAACAGGCUGCAGUAUCGGACCUACUAUUCCUUCCAUAAAAUCAGGGUCGCAUACGCGACGCUUGUGUACUUUAUCAGGGCCGCAGAAGGGAUUUUGUGGACCACUGCUGAGAUUAAAAGGACUGGACUCCAGCACCGCACGGAGUGCGAAAGGGAAAUACAGCAAACUACGGAGGACAACAGCGUUAACUAUUGUCUCGACUUGAUAAAAACUGUCUCUUCACAACGGGUUUACAACAGCGGGCUUUAUUCGGCGAUUGAGAGGUUCGCGUCUAUUGUAGGCAUGCCAAAGCCACACGACAUCCAGCUGGCUAAGAGGGCAUUCCGUACUUGCCACAGGAACCCCUAUCACCACCACAUAUAUCCUGCUGUGUUCCACAUGAUCGUGAAAUCGCAAUAUAAGGAUGCCGCCGAGGCCUUAUCGCAAAUGCUACCUGUGGGGGGCAAUUUGACCUUUGAUAGACUUCAGAAGGCGUUCAAAGGUACAGAUGGAAGCGUUCUGACGGAUACUGAUGCCGCGUAUGUCUACCUCGAGGAUGUUAUCACUCAUUUACAAAAAAUGGGCGUGUUUGAUCACAGGCAUAGUGAGGCAAUUUUGCGUUGUGUCAAUGAAUGCCCUGACACGAUGCACCGUAUAAUGGCACGAAUGGAUCAUUCAUACAUUAAUUCGAUAUGCACCUUCGGGGAGCUCGAGUCACACUACUUGGAGGUCAAGAAGCUCAGUGUGGAGUCCCGUGGAUGCCCGCAUGAAAAGCCAUUGCAGGAUCUGGUGCUCAGUGUAGAGCGCGCCGCACGCGAGAAGUAUCCUUUCUCAGACCUAAGCGCCUCGUUGAACACAACUAAUGUAUGA